AUGGCGAUCUCCACCGAUUCGCGCGGCGAGGAGAAGCCUUCGCAGCAUUCUCAGGAGGAGAAGCGGUGGGUGUUGUCUGACUUUGAUGUUGGGAAGGCACUUGGCAGGGGCAAGUUUGGCCAUGUCUACUUGGCCAGAGAAAAGAGGAGUAGUCAGAUUGUGGCUUUGAAAGUUCUUUUCAAGAGCCAACUGAAACAAUCACAGGUGGAGCAUCAGUUACGGCGCGAAGUAGAGAUACAGAGUCACCUUAGACACCCCAAUAUUCUUCGCCUAUAUGGGUAUUUUUAUGAUCAGACCCGUGUUUACCUAAUCUUGGAACAUGCCGCAAAAGGAGAGCUGUACAAGGAGUUGCAGAGAUGCAAGCAUUUUUCUGAAAGACGCUCGGCAACUUACAUUGCAUCUUUGGCCCGUGCCCUCAUCUAUCUUCAUGGGAAGCACGUGAUACAUCGAGAUAUUAAACCGGAAAACCUUUUAGUUGGAGUACAGGGAGAGCUAAAGAUUGCAGACUUUGGCUGGUCUGUUCAUACCUUUAACCGAAGAAGGACGAUGUGUGGGACGUUAGAUUAUCUGCCUCCCGAAAUGGUGGAGAAGACAGAGCAUGAUUACCAUGUAGACAUAUGGAGCUUGGGCAUCCUAUGUUAUGAAUUCCUUUAUGGGCUCCCACCUUUUGAAGCCAAAGAACACUCUGAGACCUAUCGAAGGAUAGUAAAAGUGGACCUGAAGUUCCCGUUGAAACCGUUUGUAUCUCCUGCUGCGAAGGACCUCAUCUCACAGAUGCUGGUGAAGAACUCGGCUCACCGCCUACCCCUCCACAAGGUUCUGGAGCACCCCUGGAUCGUCCAAAACGCCGACCCCUCGGGCGUGUACAGAGGGUAG